AUUUUCAUACCUUAGUAACAUGAGGUUUGAGUGUGUCAUUUAGUGUACCCACUAGUACCCUAGUGUUAAGAAUUACUCAUGCAUUGUAACUAAAUCAGUGCACUAAUAUGUGAAGACCAUAUUAAGACAAAGUUUUUGCUUGUUUGGGUCAUAUUUUGAACCUCGGUGUUGGUAAAGGUGACUCAAAGUAAACAAAGUAACUCUCACACGGACAAAAAAGGGCAGCUUCUGUUUUACUUCACAACCAGAGAACAUCUACACAUGUGGGAGGGGGAAGUUUAUUUUGAAAUGUCAGCAUCACAGGAACAAGCCGCUAGUCACAGGGGCAAGAAGCUGCUGGGCACGACAUGUGCUCAAACCCGCACUGUGGCAGUGUACACAUUUUAAACUGGAAAGUGGUGGUGAUGUUCAGUUGAACCUUAAACCUUUUCACUUUUUGUCAUCUCACAACCACAAACUUCAAUGUAGUUUAUUGGGACUUGAGGUCUGUGUUCACAAUAUGUGAAAAUGACAUGAUUAUUCUUGACUUUUUCCACUGUCGCAGGUCUUACAUGCAGCCAAACUCAUAUCGUUUUAUCCCUCAGUGUAUUGCUUUCAAUAAAAACAAAUAUUUCCACUAUGUCGUUAAAAAUAAUAAUAUUGUACACACAUGACUGGUUUCGGACGUUUGAAAUCGAUAUGAACCUACACAAAUCCGUCCCAGCGCGCUGUUUUAAACAUGCCAAACCCAUAGGGGGCAGUGUAGCGCAAACCUAUGUCAGCCAAUCAGAUUGCGUCAAGACGACGAAGUCCUGCUAGGAAUUAAACAUGGUGGCAGAAGAUUCAUUUGGACAGAUUCAACCAUUUUUAAAUAUGUAAUAUAUAUAAAGAUAGUAAAACACAAGAAGAGGUUGGGAUUCAUGACAAAGCAAGUAUGUGGCUAUAUCGGCGCAUCAUGUGUAGCAGACUGAAAAUAUCAGCGUUUACAUGUACACACGCACACAAGAAGUUUUCUCAUCUCUGAUGGAGUUUUUUUUUCUUUAUAAAUAAUUGUUUUUACCGACUAUAAAGAACCGAUUCCAAUUUUCUAGCUGAUUGCCGAUUAUUGAUCAUUACCUGCCGAUUCAGAUUUUGGCCAAUACCAGCUUCUUCUGGCUGAAAUGUUGCUAACUAUAGCAAGAAAGUCUCUGAGUUGGCAACAGGAGGUGACUAUUGUUAACUGUUUACGAGUCAUGACCUGGUGAACCGGUCUGUCAGUCAAUCUUCUCUAAAAGCAGAGCAGAGGAGGACUGGGGUGGAUAUUCAGAGUUUUGCUAAGGUAGAUAAGAUCAUUGGAUAAGAUCGGCUUCACAUGCAAGUAUCGGUCGAUCAAAAUUAAGGAAAUCAUUGCCGACAAAUCGGUUUUUAGAGAUUUGAGUUAAUUAAAUGUAUUGCAUAAUGUAUAAAAUGUAUUCUCCAAGAUAUCAAGCUAACUGUGAACAUACCUCAAACUUCACAAACUCAAACAUAACCUGAAUGUAGAACUAUGAUUUGCUACCAUUUUCAUCUAUAGACUGAUUUUUAAGCUAUUCUUCUCUACAAAAAUAGUGAAAGCUCGGUCAGACUGUACAUCGAAAAUCUGUGAACAUAAAUUUUCAAGUUUUACCAUAAAUUCCUUUUAGGCCUGAGCUUUGACUAGGUCAUCAUCCCAACACAUGAAUAUGGUUUAUCCUCUGCCUCCCCAUUGUGUGUAUCAAAUAUUUGUCAUGCUGGAAAGUGAACCUCAGCAUAGCAUCUCUGCUUUUCUUCCACUAUUGAUCUGUGUUAGGGUGAUGUAUUUUCUGACAUAAAUAGCAUUUUGCAUGCAGGCCAAAACUUUCAAAUUUGAUCUCGUUUCCUCAGAGCAAAGUCCUGCACAUGUUCUGUCCCUUACAUGUCCAGUGGACUCAUCGUGGCUUUUCUCCUCACGCCGUUCCAUAAAGGCAACAUUUGUAAAGUUCAUGACUAAGACAUAUCGUGUCAGCAGAUUUUCACACGUCUGCUGUGAAUCUCUGCAGCUCCUCUGGAGUUACCUUGAACUUCUAGGCUGUUUCUGCGAUUACUUCUCUACUUAUCCAGUCUGUAAGUUUAGGGUUCGGCUUUGCAGCUGUGAUGUAAUCUUUCCAUCUUGUAACCUAAGAGUAACAGGGUUAAAUCCAAAUGCAGGCCACACUUUCCAAAUUUUUAUUGGAAAAACAAUCAAAUAAAAUCCAGAAUUUCUGUCCUUAUUCACAAUUACGACCUGGUUCAUGUCGAUCAUGUCUACUAUCCAACAAAAAUAUCCGGAGAUUUCCAAUUUUAUUGUAACAAAGGUCCAAUUGUGUGAAUGUUUGAGAGCCAUUGUAUUAUUAUUUUUUUUCUUAAUGGAGAUCAUUUUCUAGAUAUUAAUUUUCAGUAGUGAUAUAAAUGUAUUUAUAUAUAUUUUUUUUAUUUAGUUAAUUUUAUACAUUUAUUUAUUUGCUGGGUUUCACGUGUAUGUCUUGAUUGCAGAAAAUGGCUCUGUAUGCCUUAAUGUGACCUGAACAUGAUUCAUGGGGGAGUGGCUGACAUUUUUCAAGAGGGGGUGCUACUGGUUCCAUUCUUAAAAUGUAAAAUUAUCAGCCAAAUGAAAUCCAAAUAAUUCAUGAUUUCUUCAGGCUGAGGAAUCUAGUGAUACACAGUGCAGUGCAUGUUUUCCUCUUGCCAAUACAAAAAGCGAGUAUUAACUUGUCUCUGCUUGUGGAGUCAAGUUAAAUGACUUUAACUGAUUUUAUUCCCUGAAGCUGAACUUUAGACUUUUAUUGAUGUCUUGACACAGUUGGUGAACAAUUAGCUAUUGAGGUAUUUACCAACACACACUGUUCUAGCCAAACAUUGUUAAAAAAUGUUUGUUUGUUUUUUUCUGAUCAGAAUCAAAUCCAGAAGCUUUCAUUUCCAGGAAAAGACUCGGACGCUGCAGUUUUCCUGUAACCAGCUGCAGAUUGCUGAGAGCACAAUUUACUUCCAGGUGCAACACGUUUUAACCAGACCAAACUCAGAGAAACACACACAUAUACAGUUGCCACUGUACUCUCAUUAUAGUUAUUCGCAUCAGUUCAGUGAAUGUGGGUUAGCCUGUCUGCUCGUUUCCUCCCUCCAGAUUCAUCUGAGUGCAAGGAAAUGCCUCGGGUUUGAGCUCAGAUGACCCGCCCUCAUGAGCAACACACACACGCUGCCUGCUGCAAACUCCGCUCCGCUCUGUAAUUCACUCUGGAGAAGCGAUGAAGGACAUACUGGUUCUGCUACUUCUGCUGACACUCCGAACUAUCAAGGUUUGCUCKCUCCCAUAUCUGCCUGACUCCUAUGGAAAUUGUCUCGACCUGACAAAAGAAUAYUUGCAUGAUGGUAUUAACUUGUGCUGCAAGAAAUGCCCCCCGGGGCAACGACUGAAGCAGGAGUGCUCUGGAAGCUCUGACACAGUGUGUGAACCAUGUGGACCAGAGCAGUACAUCGAGACCUGGAACUACACCCCAAACUGCUUGUCCUGCACCAAGUGCAAAGACAAAAAAGGUCUUGAGAAUAACCAGACCUGCACCCCAACCAGAAACGCCAAGUGUGUUUGCAAACGUGGGAUGUUCUGUGAGUUCGGGUUUGAUAAUCCGUACUGCACAGACUGCAGGUCGUAUAAAGUUUGCAGACCUGGAUUUAGAGUUUCUGAGCCAGGCACGCUGAACUCUGAUGUGAAGUGUGAGAAAUGCCCCACCGAUCCCUGUCCGCCUCGCACCACAGUACAAACGGUGACGACUACAGUUACAGUAAACGCCACGACGCCACGAGGCCCACAGCAGACGACGCAGCAGCCUGACAGGCCUCUCCUAACCAUGAGACCCAAAGGCUCUAAAGCAGAACAACCCAUCAGCGAAAUGGUUGCAGUCAUUGCUGGUGCCUCUGGAUUCCUUUUGUUUCUUAUCAUCGUCUUCCUCCUGCUGAUACUUUGCAAACGAAAGAAAGCUAGAGAUUCUGGACACUUAUCACCUAAAGUAGAUGCAAAUGGAAACUGUGAGGCAGCAGAACAGAACGGCCACAACAACUUCGGAGAUUCUCAGAUGAUUUCAUUCAAACGUACAUCACCGGAGCAAAUGUGUCUGCUGGAGAAAGGGGAAGUCGCCAGUGACCAAAGUGUGAGCAGCAGCGAUACCGAAACUUCAACCAGGGCGGAUGGUUUCAGCAGCCAUGAGUCCCUCAGGCCUCUACAACCAACUUUAGGUCUCGACAAUCCAGCGUCUCUCCUGUCGGAGCCCCUGACCUUACAGUCCGUCACGGACCCCGUCGCUCCUCAGCGCAGCAUCAGCACACAGAGCUCCUCUCAGCCCACCAGCCCACAGAUCAUCAGCCCCGUAACGAACAGUCCCCACGUCAAUGUCAACAUCACUCUGCAUAUAGGAAACGGUUCCUGUGGGACGCCAUCUUUUCAGCCGACAGACUUUAACCAAGCGGAGCAUCAACUUCCCUUUGGACAGGAAGAGGAGUCCGUCAGCUCUCCUCAGCAAGAGGCAGGCAAACUGUCGUUUAUGUCAGUCGAAGAGAGCCCCAGCUAUAGCACAUGAGAACUCCUGUGCCAUCUGAACAUUUUUUUAACAUUACUGUAAAAAGCUUUGACUGAAAGAAUGUGCAGCAAAAACUCAGUGCUUUGUUUUGCCUUCAGCUGUUACUUUAUGAGUAUGUGUAUAUAUUGUGUGUUGUUGUACAUAAAUGUUCUAAAUAUAGAUUUAUUUAACAUUUCUUUACAUACAUUUCUGAUUUGUACAGAAGACAUAAAAUAAAAGGGCAUUCAAGAGAGCA